CCGGCGUUUGUUGCUUAGUACACCGAAAAUAUUUUACUCGCCAGAGUACGCGUUUGAGGUAGCGAAAAAAUCGUUACCAAGGGAGACGUUAAUUGUAAACAAAAUAAUAAUAGACGUCAAAUAGCCGGGAUUAAAAUAUUUAGAUUUUGCAUAGUUUUCUUCUGUUUGGAUUUUUCCACAGGAAAGAUGUUUCAAGAAUUUCCCAAACACACCGGCAUUUAUAACAUUCGGGAUAGUAUUGAGUGCCUGGAAUUGGAAGUGCAUUUUCGGCAUGUCAACUCCUUGUUAACGCUGCCAAAAUUUGAACCCAAUCACAACAACGCGAGCAAAAGUGCUGUGAAAAAAGGUGAACGUUUCGAGCAGGUGGACAAUGUGACCACCGUCACACGCAUUCGCUGGCAACAAAAGCUACUCAGCCCCAGCGAAGUAGAAUACUAUAAAGAUGAACGCAAUUGCAUUACCGACACACACAAAAAGUACCAUCAGUGGGUAUUGGCAGACGGUAUGCCAACAGAAGCAUCAAGCGGGGGCACAGCACCUGGCGAUGUCAGCAAACGUAGUCAGAAAAAUAAACGCCACAAAAAGUCAAGAAAAGCAGCGAACGCAUGCCAACAGCACUGGGGCGAGAUAUUCACCUACGUGCAUGAGGACCACUUCAGGCCCGAGAAGGCAUUGCAAACGGCGAGUGCCGACAAAACUGAACAACAGCCUGUCCCUAUGACGGAGGCGCUGCAGCUAAUGUAUGUCUAUGCUGCCAUUUCACCAGACACACAGCUGCUUUCGCUGGUCUGGCAGCCACUAAUGCGGCAAUUACACAUCUAUCCUGACUUCAACGACUUCGAAGCGAAUCCCUAUUACCUAGAAAUCGACACGGAUUAUCGCCAUUUGUACGCCUACGCCAUCCGCAAUGUCUCUCAGCGCAGACACAUUGAAAAUCCGGUGCAUUUCUUGCAACUACCCGAAUUGGCCACGCACUGGCAGGAGGAGCGUGACUUAAGCGCCUUGUUCGCCAUGCCGCCAAAGCGCACCACGCGCGUUUCUCUGCUAUUUGAAUUGCGUUCAGCCAGCGGUUUCAGCUAUGACAACAUACAUGCGCGCUACCACAUCCAAUUGCCGGCGCACACGUUACUGGAGGAGGGUAUAUUGCAUGCCAGCACGCACGCCAGUUCGCCCGCUCACGGUGAUAACGAGUGCUACUUCGGAUACAAUUGGCAAUUGACACUGCUCUGCGAAGAGGAAUUCAAUCCUGCCCACUUGCUGCAUAUCUACUUCGAACUCAUUUCCAUCGACAGUUGGGCGCGUGAACGUGUCGAGGGCUAUGCGCACUAUUCCACCUAUCUUCUGGCCGGCUGGAAUUCGGUGAAGUUGCAGUGUUUGCGACCAGCUGAAGGCCUACUGGAGUCAUGGUCGCGCUACUUGAUUGGCGGUCGUCGAAAAUUUGAUUUUAUGCGGUACUACACAGAUACGAGCGAGGAUGCACCGCUGCAAUGUCGCUAUGGUUGUCGUAUGGAAAGCACGGGACAGCUUGAGCUUACCUGUCAACGUUUCACGCAACGCAACUGUGAACUGCUGCAACCGUGUGCGAAUCGCACGAGCGGAAUGACCUUGGAUGAUAUAAUGAUGGCAUACCGUGAGGCGCGCAGACGUCUGGAGGCUGUGGUGUUAAAGUGAUAUCCUAAAAAUUGGAGCAAGCGAAUAAAAUACUUUUAUAUAAAACAACCAUAAAAUUAGAUUUUAUAAAAAAUUCUUAAUUAAUAUUUGUGGCCAGUGAAUUUAUCCUUUCGCUCAAGGAAGGGUUUGAUAAAUAAACGGUAUGGAAUAUAAAAAAAUCAAGCGAAAAAAAUUCAAGCAGGCCAUAAAUUGAAAAGGCACAAUUCAGCUGUGUUAAUCCAUGGAAAAGCAAUAGUUAAAGUGUAAAACUGAGCAAAAUUAAGCACCCUAACGGAAGUUGUUAUAAUUUUUGCAAAUAGCGGUGUACGUCAAUCAUUGAAUCUAUUAUAGGUGGUAUCCAAGGCGAAUUGAGUACUGGAGGUGGCGCCAUUAAAAACAGUUACUUUACUCUAACGUCAGCUCCCUUAUGUAAUACAAAACAAACAAAAGCAGGAGAAAU